AUGGGUCCCAAACUUCUCAAGAAAGGGGAGAAAUAUCCCCUCGACGAGAAUUGUCACCACUACACAAAACUCGGUGAAGUUCCCUGGGACAUCCAAAAAUACUGGCACCAACGCUACUCGAUCUUCGAGUUCUACGACUACGACAUCCACCUAACCGACUCCGCCUGGUUCGGCGUCACGCCCGAGCCCGUAGCCACCCGCAUCGCGCGAGAUUUGUCCGUGCACCUCAUCGCCUCUGGAAAACGUGUAUUAAUUGAUCUCUUUGGCGGCGCCGGCGGCAACGUGAUCGCCUUUGCUUUGUCGUCAGGGAGAUGGGAUCGCAUCAUUGCCAUCGAAAAAGACAAGUCGACGUUGGCUUGUGCGCAGCAUAAUGCCGAGGUGUAUGAUGUGCUGGAUAAGAUUACGUGGGUGCAUGGGGAUUCGUUUGAGGUUAUGAGGCGGUUUUGGAAGACGCAUAACGGUGGGAGGGGGGCGGGGACAGUAAAGACGACGAGUAAUGGUGGGCCAGAAGAAGAUGAUAACAACAACGAAGAGCUGGAUACCCUCCUAACCUCCCUUAACCUCGAAGAAGUCUUGGUCUUCGCCUCCCCACCGUGGGGCGGCGUCUCCUACCGCGACCAGGAAGUCUUUGAUCUUAGCAAGAUGGAACCAUAUAAUCUGGUGGAUCUGUACGAGGCGUGCUCCUCACCCUCACCGCCAUCGUCAACCCCCGCUCCUCCUGUCCCGACGACGACGACGACUCAGAAGCAGAAGCAAAUCCUCCCACAAGCCCUUUUCCUACCCCGACAAAGCGACCUGAACCAAAUCGCCGCGCUGGUACCAGACGGUGCGCCCAAGAUCGACGUGGUGCAGUAUUGUCAAAAGGGUGCGAGCAAGGCUUUGAUGGCUUAUUUGCCUGGGAAUAUUGAUGCUGAGAAGGAGCAGGAGGAGCGAAGAAGGAGGCUGUCUGAGUCCGAGGAGAAGGAGAAGAAGGAAAGGGAGCUGAAGAAGAACUUGAAGAACAGGAAAUAUAUCGAUGAGCAGGAGGUGGAGCAGGAGCAAACAACAAUACCAGAGCUUCUCCCUGAGACGCUGCCUGAAGCGCCGGUUGAGGCCCAGGAGGACGUUUCGAUGGUCCAGGACGCUUCAAUUUACGACACCUCCUACGUCUCUUACGCCCAGGACGAGGCAGAGAACGACACACCCAGCAAGACAGACAACAACGCCGAAAAAAGGAAUAAGCGAAAACGAAGGAGACGCUCGUCGUACAACAACUAG